AUGUUCGGCUCGUCGCCAGGCCGGCAGGAUGAUGGGGCUGCAGACACUGAGCAAGGCGCCGAAGGCUCCAAGCCUGACCCGAUUCGCAUACCGACCAUCGAGACGGGCACAAGUCCUGAGAAGAGAAGCAGUGUCAGUAGCAGUCCCCGGAAAACCCGCGAAGAUGCAAGCCCGGAUGCGGAAAGGAAGAGGAGGACUAGUGGAGUAGCCAGGGCCAGGGAUAUGUUCUCCAGCGCGAAACAGCACCUCUCUGGAUCAUCACCCACCUCCAGCUCCGGGGAGGGAAAGACCGCAUCGUCGUUUCGAACAUUAGAGCGACAAGAUCCCGCGCUGGCGGUCCCGCAAGGUCCAUUGAACAACUCCGCGGGUGUAUCUUCCCCAACACCGAGGUCAACCUUCAGGGUCGGAGUCACAGAAGACAAGAACAAAAAAUGCCGUAGGACUAUGGAAGACACUCACGCCUAUCUGUACAACUUCAUGAGCACGCCCCAACCGGCUCUUGGCUCGGAUGCCACUUCGAAUAACCGGAGCUCCGUCUCAGAUUCGAGUUCAGGUAUCACGGAAGUCACAUCACAGCACGUCGUCGAAACCGACAAUGGCUACUUCGCUAUCUUCGAUGGACACGCCGGGACAUUUGCCGCAGAUUGGUGCGGUAAGAAGCUACAUAUCCUCCUGGAAGACAUCAUCCGCAAGAAUCCAAACACGCCCAUUCCUGAGCUACUGGAUCAGACCUUUACAACCGUUGACCAACAGCUCGAAAAGCUACCCUUGAAGAAUAGCGGGUGCACUGCCGUCAUCGCAGUCUUGAGAUGGGAGGACAGAGUGCCGAGCUCCCAGUCGGCUACUGGGUCGGCGUCCUUCGCUCCAGCGGCAGCUGCAGCAGCAGCAAAGGCAGCUUCAGAAGGCCUAGGUCCAGGGUCUGAAGCAGUAUCCAAACCCUUGCAGACACACCCAGACAACUCUGCUGAGGUACCGCCGGCCGGCGGCCCGCCUGAUGCCGUUCCUGUAGCAAAGCUUCAAGAAGCCGCAUCACGACAGCGGGUUCUCUACACUGCCAACGUCGGCGAUGCUCGUAUUGUACUCUGCCGAAACGGACGCGCUCUUCGCUUGUCAUACGAUCACAAGGGCAGUGAUGAGAAUGAGGGUAGACGCGUUGCCAACGCCGGCGGCUUGAUCUUGAACAACCGCGUCAACGGUGUCUUGGCCGUAACUCGAGCAUUAGGCGACGCUUACAUGAAGGACCUUGUGACAGGGCAUCCGUAUACUACCGAGACGGUCAUCCAGCCGGACCAGGAUGAAUUCCUUAUCCUGGCGUGCGAUGGGCUCUGGGAUGUCUGCUCCGACCAAGAAGCCGUCGAUCUAAUCCGCAACACCCAGGAUCCGCAGGCGGCCUCAAGACAGCUGGUUGACCACGCUCUCGCUCGCUUCUCCACCGACAACCUCUCCUGCAUGGUCGUCCGCUUCGACAACCGGGCGCUCAAGCAACUGAAGACUGAGUCGUCCCUAGGCGUGGAAGGAGACCACCCGGCACCGAAAGGGAGCGUCAGCGAGGCAGAGGCGAUCGUCGCUACAGCCAAGAAGGCUAUGGACGAGGUUGGCAGCCCGGAUGCUGACAAGAACAGCAAUGAGAUGAUUAUGGAGGAAGAGGAGGAGGCGGAACCGGGGCCGGAGCUGAAUGUUGAGGCGCUGAAGAAGGCACAGGUUGCAAACAAGCACAAGAGUUGA